UUCAAGAGGAGAAGAAGAGAGAAAAAGAAAGUGGUGGUUUCGGUCAGAGACCUUCAGGUGGUCUCAUUCGCAUCGUGUACGCCACGUCACCGAACCUUCCCCCCCGUUUCGGCGGGCCAACAUUACUUCUUUCAUCUCUCCCUCGGGCCUCGGAGUUGCAUAGCAGAGCAGCCAUGGUGUCCAAAGCAAGCGACUCUGCCAUCAAAAUCAGAAAAUCAAGCGGAGAACAGUCAAGUGAUUCUCUUGGAGCCUUACCAUAUAAGAUAAAUCAGCUAAAGAAGCAAAUUCAAGCAGAGAGAAUUGUUUCAAUCAAAGAAAAAAUUGUGAAGAAUGGAAGGAAGCUAGAAAGUCAUGUUUCUCAGGCUAUAUUGGUGACAUCAAGAAAAGAGGAUUCACUCACGGAGAAUGGGGUUGGAAAAAUGCUUUCUUCAAGAAUUGAACGUCCUUUCUGCAAGUUUAAUGGACUUGCACAAGGUUUUGGAGAAAAGGACCAUAUUAACAGUCACGAAGUGUUAUUGUCAACAAGUACCAAACUUCCACAUGUUGAAAAGUUACCACCAUAUACAACUUGGAUAUUUUUGGACAGAAACCAGAGAAUGGCUGAAGAUCAGUCUGUGGUUGGGAGAAGGCGUAUCUACUAUGAGCAACAUGGUGGCGAAGCACUGGUCUGUAGUGACAGUGAGGAUGAUACUACAGAACCUGAGGAAGAGAAGCAUGAUUUUUCUGAGGGUGAAGAUCGUAUUCUGUGGUUGGCUUUUCAGGAGCAUGGGCUAGGCGAGGAAGUUGUGAACAUUUUGAGCCAGUUUAUUGGAGGCACCAGUUUGGAAAUGCAGGAGCGGUAUGACACACUUAAGGAGAAGUAUUGUGAGAAAUAUGACCUGAACUCCAAAGACUCCUGGAAAUUUGGACCUGACAGGGGUUUAUAUUUGGACAAGAGCCUUAGUGCUGCUUUAGAUUCUUUCGAUAACCUUUUCUGUCGUCGUUGUAUGCUAUUUGACUGCCGGCUACAUGGCUGUUCUCAAGCUUUAAUUUAUCCUACUGAAAAGCAGUCAUACUGCUCUGAACACGAAGAAGAGAGGACACCUUGCAGUGCUCAGUGUUAUCUUCAGCUCCAUCCCUCUCAAAAUGGUUCUGCUCAGUUAGAGUUAAGAGUUGCCAAGGACUUGCCAGAAGUUUCAAUUAUUGAUGAUUUUCAAAGGAUGGAAGGUACAACUUUAGAAGAAAGGGUUGGUACUCCUGUAUCCUGUAAUGCUGAAGAGCUAGGUACACAUAAUAGUGAAAACAUUAUACAAGAUGAAGGAUGUAUUUCUGGUAAAAUUCAACCUGUUACUUCUGAAGCUAUUUGUAGUUCAGAAGUCGCUGCUGUGAUUUCAGUUACUUCUCUCACGACGGUAGACGACCAAAGGAUGGGGAAGCGCAAGGUCAUGGAGCUCACAGACGUGACAAGACCUGACUCAAUCUUGGUUUCUGAUGAUUUCCAGGAUUCCGGUAAGAAACAGAAGAAACUAUCAGCUUUGGAUAUAGGAAUUGUAAGUAGUGAAGCGAAACCUACUCUGGAUCACACUUCAACCCCCAAAUACUCUCCAACAGAACCUGCUGAACAUACUUUAAACGAGUUUGUUAGUUGUGUUAGUGCUUCUUGUGAUAGAUUUGAGGACAAUGUCAGAGAUGAAAUAAAAGACACUAGAGAAGUGCCUGAGCUGAACCACUCAUCCAAUUCUAUAGGGCGAAGCACCGAAGGGUUAAGUAGCUCUGAGUGGAAACCGAUUGAGAUAGAACUGUAUUUAAAGGGUAUAGAGAUGUUUGGAAGAAACAGCUGCCUCAUAGCCAGGAACUUACUUUCUGGUUUGAAGACUUGCAUAGAGGUAUCCACUUACAUGCAUGACGGGGGAGCUUCAAUGCCAAACAGAGCCAUUGUUGUACCAAGCUCGCUUACUGAAGACAAGGGGAAAGCUGAUAUAGAAUAUACUGACCAAGAUAUGCCAGCAAGGUCACGGCUGCUACGUAGAAGGGGCAAAACACGGAAGUUUAAAUAUUCUUGGAAAUCUGCCGGCCACCCAUCAAUUUGGAAAAGAAUCGCUGAUGGGAAAAACCAGUCUUGCAAGCAAUAUAGCCCUUGUGGAUGCCAGUCGAUGUGUGGAAAGCAAUGCCCUUGUCUACAGGAUGGAACUUGCUGCGAGAAGUACUGUGGGUGCUCAAAGAGCUGCAAAAACCGAUUCAGGGGAUGCCAUUGUGCUAAAAGUCAAUGCAGAAGUAGGCAAUGCCCAUGCUUUGCUGCCGGACGUGAAUGUGACCCAGAUGUUUGCCGAAAUUGCUGGGUUAGUUGUGGAGACGGUUCAUUAGGUGAGCCACCCAGGCGAGGAGAUGCCCAAUGUGGAAACAUGAGGCUGCUUCUAAGGCAACAACAGAGAAUUCUCUUGGCAAAGUCUGAUGUUGCUGGAUGGGGAGCCUUUUUGAAGAACCCUGUGAACAAAAAUGACUAUCUUGGAGAGUAUACUGGCGAAUUGAUAUCCCAUAGAGAAGCAGAUAAGCGGGGGAAAAUCUAUGAUCGGGCAAAUUCAUCUUUCCUUUUUGACUUGAAUGAUCAGUUUGUUCUUGAUGCUUACCGCAAAGGAGACAAGCUGAAAUUUGCAAACCACUCAUCAAACCCUAAUUGCUAUGCGAAGGUAAUGCUGGUUGCAGGAGAUCAUCGCGUUGGCAUUUUUGCCAAGGAGCAUAUUGAAGCUAGUGAGGAGCUCUUCUAUGAUUAUCGAUAUGGACCAGACCAAGCACCCGCAUGGGCUCGAAAGCCGGAGGGUUCCAAGAGGGAGGAUUCAUCAGUCUCCCAAGGCAGAGCAAAGAAACACCAAUCUCAUUAGCCAUUGGGCCCUGUUCAAGAUGUACAUAGUAGUCCAUUUCUCUGGCUACUCCCAGAGGUUCUUUUUCUACGAGUGACACUUCUUAAAAGCAGAGAACCUUCUUGUGCUCGAUUUUGCUUCGAGAAAUUAUAAAGGUCGAGCAAUAAGAUUCUAUAGUACUAAUAAGGUCAAACAUAAUUGUUGAAAAAUAAGCUAAGAAAUCCUUCUAGCAGUUCAGUAUAAUAGGGCAAUAGAUAGAGAGCAUUGUCAAGGCAGAUAUUAUUGUUAUUUUAAUGAUGUAAAUAUUCCUUUUCAUAUAAAUUUGUUACCGCUGUUUACAGUA